CGAGGAAGGGCAAUGGUUUGGCAGAGAAUUAUUCGAUCAUCGGAACCUGAAGAAUUUAAAACUACGGCCCAUCAAAUUCCCGUUUAAUUUCUGUCGAUUUUCUCCCUUGCAUACUUCCGGGGUCCAUAAGAUAAGUACAAGCAGCAAUUUAAUUAGCAACACCCUUCUUCAUCCAAAUUGUGUGGUCUUCUCCCUACCUCCGUUAUUAAUUAAUGUUUAAAUCUAAGUCGGUAAAUUAACCGAAUCGUUAGGUAGUCGAAGGAAAUGCCUCGUGGGCUUUAGGCUUUGAAUUCAAAUCCCAGCGAAGUCAACGUUGCUCGUUCAACUUUCCGUUGAUAAAAUAAAAGAAUCAGUGAAGGCCUUGGAGGGGGGUGAUUUCAUCAAAGGUCUCUUCCCCGUGGUUUCUGGCUUCUUUGCGAACGUUUUAAUGGGAUUCGUAGGCUUAAUUAAUUAGGAAUGUGGUUUAGCAUAGCGGGCUAAGUUAACAAAAAAUGUGGAUGACAUAAAACUAAGAAGAGAAUCCAAUUGGUGGAGUGAUUCAGACGAAACGGUUUCAAAUCGUGGCCUCGGCAGCGGAAGUGGUUUCUGCCGCGAAACUGAAUUUGUGAUGGCGGCAUUGGAACUGGAAGACGGUGAAUUGUUAGACUCCGAUUCUGAUCAUGAAGCUUCUUCAAAGAUCCAGGCAUCAUCGACCAUUUCUCAGAAUUACAGAAAGCCAGUGAACCCCACAUCCUAUCGCAGCAAAUCAGAUGCAAAGAUUGCAUCAUCAAGUUCAGAUGACAGCGAUGAUGAAAAGUUUACCUGGAAAAAGAAACGGUAUGGUAUUGCUUCGAAAGAUCAGCAGAGUUCUAUGGAGUUUAGUUUCAGCAAUUCUAUUAACACGAACUCCACUUUCCAAGUACCCAAUGCACAGUUUUCCUUUGGCCAGGGUGUCACAGAUUCUAACACUGCUAGCAAACCAAAGAAAAAGAAUAUUUGGGGUUCUGUAUUACGAUCACAGAUGUUGUCUCAAGGUUUCCACGGGUUUGACAUGGAGCACAAAGAAGAGGGUUACAGUGAUCGGCAGGUAGAAUCUUACAGCUACAAAAAGGCGCUGAAGGACACCCGGCCUUGGCCGGCGGAAGCGGGCGUUGAUUCUGUGAUGCCCAGCAAGAAAAAUGAUGACCUGUUUGAUAGUGUCCCUGAUUUAGAAAAACUUGAAGAGAACUUCAAUGGAGUGUAUAAAAAAGCCGAGAAAAGGAGGCGCAGUGCCAAAAAACGUCUCGGUCCAAAACCAACUGACAGAGCGCCACAGAGGAAGGCUUUUGAUGUCACAGUUGAUGAUGAUGAGGAAAAAGUUACAGAAGCCAUUGCUGAUUUUCUUGAAGAGUCAAAAGUGUACCUCAUAGAGAAAGUUGUCCAAGUUUUGGGCAAGAAGAAAGCUCUAGCUGUGACCCGUCUUACCAGAGAUAUUGAAGACCAUGGUGGAAUGAUGACCAAUGAUGGAGGGCGCAGACGGACUCCUGGUGGUGUAUUCUUCCAACUUCUGAAGACAGAUUCUGAAGUAACAAAGCAGAAUAUGAAAGACAUAUUUAAUGAUGAAAAGAAGGAAAAAGCCAAAACUAAGAAGAUUCUAAGGGCAAAACGUUUCAAGAACAAACUGAAGAAGAGAAUGGAAGCCGAAACGGAUUCCACUGGUAAUGUUACUAUGGAAACUGUUGGUGGUGAACAGAAGGAAGACCGACUGGCUGCCGUUGUCAGUGACGACACAAGCAGUAAUUCCAAAGACAGUUAUUCACAAAGUAACAGCUCCGAACUUUCAAACGACCCGGUUAAUCUGGACAUGUCUGACCUCUUGAAACGUCACAAAGAAUAUCAAAGUGAACAACAAAGCAUGACUGAUUGUUCUGGGGAGAAAACUGACAAGGAUUCCACAAUGCAAGAUCAACUGUCAAAGCCGUCAAAGAAAACUGAGAAACGACCUGACGCCAUCAUUUAUUUAGACGAAGAUGUUGACAUGAGUUUUGAUCUUUGAUAUUGACUUUGUGCUUUUUAUUUUCUUUUCUUUCUAUUUUCUCUCUCUUUCUCUUCUCUUUUUUUUUAAUCAGUUCCAACUCAGGCGAUAAAGAAGAUAAACCUUUCUUAACAAAAACUGCAGGAAGUACUUUAAUUAUCACUAUGUGCAGUGACCAUUUUAGCAUUUUGCAACCACAAAUUUAUGUCCAGAAAAGCAUGUUUCUAUAACAAAGUGA